CCGUUCUCGGCUCAAGGUGGCAUUCAGAGAUAUUCCCGCCGUCUCCAGUCCUCCAAUUCGACCUCGUUCCCAAAUCUACCAGCUGCUUUUAUUGCUUUCGCCUGCCGUCUCCAGUCGGUGUGGCUCAGCUGGAAAUCCUUGUCUUGUCCUCCGAAACCCCAAUAUAGCCAGCUUUCAAGCCACUCGCUACUCCGUACCACCUGCCGGCCCAUGCACCCCAACUCGAUUUAAUAUAUUUAUACGCACUGCGAGCCCAACCGACGGCCCGUCCAUUGAUCAGGUGCCCCCCUGAUCUCCGCAGCAUUCGAACUGCAGCAUCGUGUGUCGCCGACGAUCACCACCAGCCAGACUCUGCUGCCGAGCGGAUCCCGGUCUGCUGAUUUGGCCUGUACAUCUCGUCUGGCGCGGAAGACACAGGACGAACAGCCAUGUCGGUUUUCUCGAUGAUCAAGCGGGGCCGGCAGGCUGCCAAGGAGCACAAAGCCGAGCUGGCCAAGAAGCAGCAGGAAGAGGCCCAGAAGGCGCCCUACAAGCACAUACCGAGGCAUGCUGCCAUCGACGCCAUGUCAGGCGGUCCGGCGGGGUGGAGGGAAAACGACAGGGUCAGGAUCGUGGAGCAGAACCGGAGGCGCAGCGCGAUGACGGCCAGUGGCAUGAACAUGAGCGGCAUCAUCGCGCCGGUGCAUGCGGGCCUUCCCCGGGUCCAGAGCGCCCUCUCACACGUCUCGUAUCCGUCCGCCUACGCGAGCCCCAUCGUUCAGGUACCGCGGACCUACAGCUACAGCAGCAUGCCGGCCGGGUGGAUCCCGCAUGGACGGGAGAUGAGCUACAGCCCCAUCGACAUGGGGUCCGUUUCGGUGAAGGGCAAGGAGGUGGAGAGGAUCAUGGACUCGUCCCGCACAAGUCGGUCGUCGAGCAAGGUGUCGGCGGGGAGGAUCCCGCUUGUGCCGGGAGGCACGUCGGUGGUAGGGGAUUCUGCGUCCUCGCCCGUGGAGAGCUCCAGCAACUCGACGAGUUCGCAGGACGAUUUGGAAAUGAAGCCGGUGGUCAGGCACAGUGUCGCAGUCCCUAUCGCCCCCUCCAGCACCACCACCGCCAACAGAUCAAACAAGACGACGAGCGAGACCGAGAGCGUUCACAGGUUGCACCCCGGUCGUUCGCGCAGAGUCUCGGACCCCAACCAGUCCGCAGCGGCGUCCCGCAGCUCCCUCGCCGCCGGCAUCCCUCCUGUUCCAGCGCUGCCACCUAUGCAGUUCGGCACCGCCAUAACCACUCCCGACACAUUCCCGUCCGCUACGUCGAGUGCCAGCUCCGUCACCAUGGUCCCCGUUGGAUCCAGCGCGUCGCUCGCUGCCAAGGCAGCUGCAACGCCGGCGGUGCUCAAGGAAGAGGCGGUGGAGGCUCCUCACCGGGUAGACAUCGUCACAGCAGAGCGACCCAUCGAAGAAGAGGUUGCAGCUGUGAAAACCCCCUCCUCUGCAGACUCGCCCACGAAGAAGGGCCGGAGGACAUCCAAGAUGACGCGCUUCACCGAGCUCGAGCCGAUCCGGUCCCACACCACGGGAGCAGACGAAGAAAAGAAGCGGGCCACCUCCACGGUGACGGUGCUCCCGACCGACUUUGACGAGUCGGCUCUGCCGGCGCCGAAGGAGUUUGUCCUGUCCGCGUCCGCGCCGCCGCCCCCGACGUCUUCCAAGCCGGGCAAGCUCUCCAAGAGCGCCGCUGCUGCGUCGGGCGGGAAGCUGGUUAAGAAGAACCGCUGGUCGCUACGGAGCAGCAAGAGCGCAGCCGUGGCCGUGUGAGAUGGUGUCUCGGACCGCGCUGGCGUUUUUUUCUUUCUUUUUCUUUUCUUUAGGCAUCGGUGUUGUGGGAUUUGGAAUACAUGCCAGCUAGCCUUGCAUUU